CGAGCGCUAUUCCGUUGCAGAAUUCAUCAAAGUAACGUCUCCUCGACUUUUUUUUGUAACUCGCAUUUCCGUCAACUCGCACGCCUUGCGUUGUCCGCUCUUGUAAUUUCAGUGUACCUCGUCCGUCUCGUGGUAGUUAGACCCCGUUGUUGUUGUUUUUUUUAUUAUUUUCGUUAAUUUCCUGUACACAGUUCAACGAUGGCCGAUGAAGGAAGAAUUCGUUCGUUCAAGAACAAAGGAAAGGACAGCGAUGAGAUGCGGAGGAGGCGUAUUGGGCAGACUGUGGAGCUGAGGAAGGCCAGGAAGGAUGACCAGUUGCUCAAGAGACGUAACAUUGUCUUGGAGGAUGAGCUGCUCACUUCCCCGCAGCAGGAUAUUAAUCCAAACUCUCCCAGCCAGAUGACAGCUGAGGAAAUCCUCAGAGGUAUGAUGUGCAAUGAUGAGGAUAUCCAAUUGAAAGCCACACAGGCUUGUCGUAAGAUACUCAGCAGAGAGAGGAAUCCACCGAUUGAUCACAUGAUUCGCCUUGGGGUGGUCCCGAAAUGCGUCGAAUUCCUGUCCAAAGUUCACAACCCUUCGUUACAAUUUGAAGCUUGCUGGGCUUUAACGAACAUCGCAUCUGGAACGUCCGAGCAGACACAGGCUGUGGUCCAUGAAGGGGCUUUGCCGAAACUGAAGGAGCUGUUGAUGUCACCUAGGUUGGAUGUUGCUGAGCAAGCGGUCUGGGCCAUCGGCAAUAUUGCCGGCGAUGGUCCCGUGACUCGCGACAUGGUUUUGCAAAACAACAUCCUUCCCAUUCUCUUGAGCUGCAUCAAACCUGACACCUCGAUCACGCUCUUGAGGAACGUCGUCUGGGCCAUCUCCAAUCUGUGUCGCAACAAGAACCCCCCGGUGGAAUUCAACAGCGUGAAAGCGUGUCUUCCCACUUUAGCGCAGCUCCUGUACUACAACGAUAAGGACGUUCUGGCAGACACCUGCUGGGCGUUGAGUUACUUGACGGAUGGGACCAACGAGAAGAUCCAAGCGGUGCUGGACACCGGAUUAAUCAAUAAGCUCGUGGAGCUGCUGAAGAGCGACGAGAUCACCGUGCUGACGCCCGCCUUGAGAGCCGUGGGUAACAUCGUCACCGGCAACGAUCAGCAAACUGAUACCGUCAUCAAUGCUGGUGUGCUGAACGUGAUGUGCAAACUGCUCAGGCAUCCGAGGGUGAACAUCGUCAAGGAGGCAGCAUGGAGCGUGUCCAAUAUGACGGCCGGCAAUUCUGAACAAAUCCAGAAGGUCCUGCAGGCCGGCGUCAUGGACACACUGCUAUACGUGUUGCAGACUGGCGAUUUCAAAUCGCAGAAGGAGGCCGCCUGGGCUGUAACCAAUUACACGAGCGGCGGAACCAUCGAGCAGCUGGGUAAACUGGUGGAGAUGGGCGCGCUGAAGCCCAUGUGCAAUCUGCUCAACUCGAAGGAGUGCAAGACCGUCGUUAUCAUUCUGGAUGGAUUGACGAACAUCCUGUCUGCUGCGAACAAAUUGGGCGAAGCCGAGAAAGUCGCUAUCAUGAUCGAGGAAUGCGGCGGACUGGAUUCUCUGGAAGCCCUGCAGAGUCACGACAACGAGAAGGUCUACGACAAGGCUCUGCAAAUUAUCGAGAACUUCUUCUCAGAAGGAGGAGACGCAGAUCUGGCUGGGCCUCAGACGAACGCCGACGGACAGAUUUCCUUCAACCCGCACACGACCACGCAGAUGCCCAACGGUGGAUUCUCAUUUUAAAAAGAGAAUUGUCGAAAGCAAACAGAAAACAAAACAAAAAAUAUCUUUGCCUACGUUGGUAAUCUCAGUACUGUUUAGGAAUUAUUUUUUUAUACUACCGCAGAGAAUGCGCGAAUAUUUAGUGAGAAUAGUGAUCGUUGUUACAUAUGAAAAAAAAAAACAACCAACCAACCCACAUCCCUUUCAGCACGUCCCUUUAUGAAAUCGUUCCGUUUUAAUUCAUGUUAAUUUUUGUUACAUAU